GCCCGGCCUAUCCACCCUCCCCGUCUCCUGUGUACGCCCUGGACUAAUGCGUUUCACCCGCAGACCCGGAUCCGCCAACCUCGAUCUAGCCAGAGAUCAAGCCCCCUGGUUCUCCAUACGCAUCCCGACCUGACUAAUCUUGCACAUCCUGCACGCCGCUCUCCACUGCCACUGAACAAACACCUGGUCUGGUCCCGUGACCCAUGGCCCCGAACAAGAAAAAGAAGAAGCCCGCCGGCAAUCCUGCUCGCGGCUUCGCUACGACUUCGAUAGCAAGCAAGCCCAAGGAAAAGCCGGCCGUCGCUCAGGACGAAGAAGCCAUUGUGCCUGGAAAGGACCAUGGCCCAGUAGUCGACCCGACCCCACAGGCAGCCUCUACUUCUGCAUCAGCACCCGUCCCACUGCAGGUCGAACAGACCCCGGAGGAACUCGAAGCUCAGCUGGAACGCGACGAGCUUCAACUGCUGGUGGAGAAGCAUGCCCCAAAAGUUCGCCGCGAGUCUCGCCGACAGGCGACGAAGCUGCAGACGGACCGCAGGGUUCUUCGCGCUGCGGCAGAGUCACUCACCACCCAUGACUGGUUGUCCAGUGACAUUACCGACCGCAUCAUCUCGCUCGCCCAGACUGAGUCGAAAGACUCCAAUCGCAAGCAAAGCCAGCAGUCUCUGCUCAAGGUCAUGUCCGAAGAAGAUGCCACUGCUAGACUGUGGAUGCUUGAACUGACACUACGCGACAUGGCUUUCUCCCCUACUCACAUUGAGCCUGUGUUACGUUGGCUUUGUGCCAAUGCUGCUUCGGUAGACAGCACAGCCAGCGUGUGGGGUCUACAGGAGGCUCUCGAGUGGUUGGCUUUGGAUCACUGCGUUGGCCACUCGCUCUCUUACGAUGAACCCAAGAAGCUUCGCCCCACGACUACUUCUCCGAACACUUCGCGACCUGGGACCCCUGUGCCUGAGAAUCCACCCAUGAACAACGGGAGCAGCGUGAAUUCUGAAAAUGAAUCGUCGCGAGCUCCCACCCCAGCGCUGCGCGGAGAGGGUGCUAGACCACCUCCUCUGAAACCCGAAGUAUCUGACGUAGCUGUCAGCGAUCUGGACAGUGAUCUGGAGCCAGACCAACUCGUCCCAACGUACAUCAAGAUCAAAGGGAAGCUGUUCGAGCUUGACCCCGACACCGUUGAGGCGAAAUCACGCAAGCAAGGAAAGAGCAAGAAGGCUGGGAACGCGAGACUAACGAGCACAACUCAACCACCGUCAGUUCGUAAACUGCUUUCGCAGCUGCAGAAAUUGGAAUCGGAUGCAUUGUUCGACGACAUCGAAGCAGAAGCGCUAUGGCCCAACAAGCGGGCCGAGCUCACCCUAAAGAUGGCAGCGGAAAGACAACAGCCUACCGUCCCGAAAAUUCCUAAACUCCCUGGAGUAGCUAGUGGGGUGUCCACCCCGCGCAAAGUUCCUGCGUGGAAAAAGCCGGAGCAAGAUGCACGCUCAGAAAACGGGACCGAGGAUGAUGACAUUUCGCUCGGAGAUAUGUUCUCAGCUAUACCAGAUGAAGCAUCCAAAAGUGACCAGGUCAAGACCAGCGAUGCUGGUGAUGGCGUGACUUUACGUGACUUUGGCAAGCAGAGUGGCAUUAGUCCGCGAAGGGUGCUGGAAGAGGCUGUCCGUGCAAGGGAUUCUGGUGCACGCCUUUCGUACAAGCAGAUCUCUCCUACAACUUAUUCAUGCCGGCAUGGUUUGACCGUGGUGUGGUCGAAGGAUCAGGAUCUGGAAUACGAUACCGAGGUCGUCGGUGUUACAAGUAGCAUCAACGGCAACCGGGCCACCUUCGAGGCAACUUCAAUCGCUACCAUCUCAAUAGAGCAAAGUGAAGGCUUCAUCUCGACGGUGGCGUUGUUCAGCGUUUUCGCUGCUUCCGCCAAGGAAGAAAAGGUCUACCUGCGCCUUCCACCGACAUGGCGAGACCUUUACCGAGACUUGCUUGACACUCGCAGGUGUCGCAUUGAUGCUUCCGAUCGUGAUAAGAUCAAGUACUUCCGGUCUCUUGUGCAGGAUCAACUGGAAGAUGAAGAGGCCGAAGGCGUCGUGCUCACAAGUCGCUUCAGGGCGCGUAAUCAGGCUGCGGCCAGUUCAAGCUCUUCUGCAUCGGGGCAGAAUACUCCUCCACAGGUCUUCGAAAGCCUCAAGGAGUUGUGGUUCAACAAGGCCUCAACCCAUUCCUUCCAAUACAUGCUUCAAGGUCGAGCUACGCUGCCCAUCUUUGCGUACAAGGAGAUGAUCGUCUCGACCAUUGAUAAGCAUCAGGUGACUAUAGUGUGCGGUGAAACGGGUUGCGGCAAGAGUACCCAGUUACCCUCUUUUCUUCUGGAGCACGAGCUGUCCCAGGGCAAGCCUUGUAAAAUAUUCUGUACGGAACCUCGACGAAUAUCAGCGAUAUCCCUCGCUCAACGCGUGAGCGAAGAAAUUGGCGAAGCCCCCAAAGACAUCGGAACGAUCCGUUCUCUGGUGGGUUACGCAAUCCGGUUAGAGUCCAAGACCACGCCCCAGACAAGACUCAUCUUCGCCACAGUUGGUGUUGUGUUGCGCAUGUUGGAAUCAUCAAACAACCUAAACGAAGUAACGCAUUUGAUCAUUGACGAGGUCCAUGAGCGAAGUAUCGAUACCGACUUUUUGCUUAUCAUACUUCGAUCGCUCAUGCUUACUCGUCCCGAGCUAAAAGUCAUUCUUAUGAGUGCUACCGUCGAUGCGAAUCGUUUUUCAAACUACCUCAAUGGGGCACCGGUGCUCAAUGUGCCCGGAAGGACGUUCCCUGUCCAGACCAAGUAUCUCGAGGACGCCAUCGAGCUAACACACUACACUGCAAAUCCCAACAAUAAGGUCAUCAACGGACCAGACAGUGGCGACGAGGACGACGGACCAUCAUCCGAGAAAACGAACACCUCUAGUUUAACGGGCUACAGUACGGCCACAAAGAAUGCCUUGGCCGACUACGAUGAAUAUGCGAUCGACUAUGACUUGAUUGUCCGUCUCAUGGAAGUGGUCGCGUAUGAUCCGCAGCUUGCCCGGUAUAGCAGCGCAAUUCUGUGCUUCUUGCCGGGUAUUGCUGAAAUUCGCCAACUGAACGACCUACUGGCCGCCCAUCCCUCUUUCGAUAACAGCUGGCUCAUCUACCCUCUUCAUUCCACCAUCUCGAGCGAAGAACAGCAGGCAGCCUUCGUAAUACCCCCGCCGGGUAUGAGGAAGAUCGUCAUCGCCACCAACAUUGCCGAAACGGGAGUCACCAUACCGGAUAUCACCUGUGUCAUUGACACUGGCAAGCACAAGGAGAUGCGCUUCGACGAACGCAGACAGCUCUCCCGCUUGACGCAGUCGUUCAUCUCUCGCGCAAACGCAAAGCAGAGACGAGGUCGCGCGGGUCGUGUACAGGACGGCCUGUGCUUCCACUUAUUCACAAAGUAUCGACAUGACAAUCUCAUGGUCGACCAGCAGACACCCGAGAUGCUCCGACUCUCACUGCAAGAUCUGGUCAUGCGUACGAAGAUCUGCAAACUCGGCGACAUCGAAAAGACCCUGUCCGAAGCCCUCGACCCUCCUUCGUCACGCAACAUCCGGCGCGCGAUUGACGCGCUCAUCGAGGUCGAUGCUCUCACCCCUGGCGAGGACCUCACGCCGCUCGGAAGCCAAAUUGCGAAACUACCGCUGGAUGCGCAUCUUGGGAAGCUCGUCUUGCUAUCCGCCAUAUUCAGCUGCGUCGACGCAGCCAUCACCAUCGCCGCGAUCUUGUCCUCCAAAUCACCGUUCCUUACACCGUUCGGCGCAAAGCAACGUGCCGACGCAGCCCGCAUGGCGUUUAAAAAGGGCGACUCAGACCUUCUGACCACCUACAACGCCUACAAUGCCUGGAAGACCGUCUGCACAACCGCCGGCCGCUCCGAGGCGCAAUUCUGCCACAAGAACUUUCUCAGCGCCCCCAACCUGUCCAAUAUCGAGGACCUCAAAGCCCAGCUCCUCUCGUCGCUCGUCGAAGCCGGCUUCAUCUCUCUGACCCCAGAAGAACGCAGAGUACAACAGCGCUACCGCAGCACCUCGCGCCACCGCGUCUUCGUCGCCAUCCCGCCCGCCUAUGACGCCCACUCGACCAACGAUCUCCUCGUCACCGCCGUCGUCGGCAUGGCCUUCUACCCCAAGAUCCUGACGCGCGACGGCAAGGGCUGGCGCAACAUUUCCAACGCGCAGUCCGUCAGCCUCGCGCCUACCUCGGUCAACAAGCUCUCCCCGGUCAAUCCCUCGACUGCAAAGUAUCUGAGCUACUACCACAUCAUGCAGUCCAGCAACAAGUUUUACAACGCCCACUCAACGAGCAUUGUGCACCCGCUUCCGCUCAUCCUGAUGGCGGCUGCGGACGUCGAGUUCAAGCUGCAUGCCGGUGUUGUUGCGAUGCCGGGGAAUACGCUGAGGUUUGCGGUGCGCGAGUGGCGUGCUGCGGUUGCGGUGAAGGUGUUGAGGAGACGGGUGAAGGAGGUGCUGCAGGCGGCGUGGCGAAACCCGAGUCGGGGGCUGAGUGGGCGGGAGAGGGAGUGGUUGGGGUUGUUUUUUAGGGUGUUUGAGGAGAGGUGGGAGAGGGAGGAGAAGAUCAGGGAGAGGGCGGGGGGCAAGGCGAAGUAG